AAUUGUUCCUGUGUUUGGUUCGAGACAUAUUUUUUUGUUGUUGCGCCAUUCGGAAACCCUUGAUCGCUGCAUUGCACUGUUGCUCUUAUUCGGGAAUACCUCGAAGCCUUGUACAUCUGCGCUUACUUCCUGGUCGUGCUGCUCUGUCCCGCCUCGGAAGUGGUGGAUUGAGCAGGUUUUGAGGCUUGAAUACCAAGGCGCGGUCUUCUUCUUCUGUUCAGGAACAAUAUGUGGAAGUGAACUGUACCGAUUGUACGCUUUUUGAUGUUUCUGAAGAGAACAGUCGUAGCUGAGCAUCAUGGAUGGGAGUUCGGACUUGGAAUUAUUACAGCGUUAUCGUCGAGACCGACGGGAACUUCUCAACUUCCUCCUGUCUGCAAGUGUGAUCAAGAAAGUUAUUAUGCCCCCCGGAGCUGUCUCAUACGAUGAUAUUGAUCUAGAUCAAAUAAGCGUGGACUAUAUUCUUGAAUGUGCUCGCAAAAAUUUUGCAUUGGACCUUUCUGAAGCGAUCAAACGGUAUCAUGAUGACCUCAGUUUGCCACCCUCGUCAGGAACUAAAUUGGGAGAGGUUUACUAUCUGGUCACGAAUCCUGACCUAUCUGGUCCUUCCCCGACACGACCACCCCCUGGCAAGGGUUCUGUAGGAACUACAACACCUCUUGCUCUUACGUAUAAGUCGAGCUUCUCUCUGCAAUCCACACCGUCAAGACGUUUGGAUGGUUAUGACGACAUUGAUGAAUUCGAGGACGAUGACGAACUUCCUCAAAAAUCGAAUCGAGCACUGAAUGACAUCAGUGACUUUGUGUUAGAUUUGCCACCUUUUGCAACAGGGCUAUCGGAUGACGAUCUGAGAGAAACGGCCUAUGAAGUCUUGCUAGUGUCCGUUGGUGCUGCAGGAGGUCUCAUAUCUCCGGCUAAGGAAAAAAAGGAGGAGAAGAAGUCAAAACUAGUGAGGAAAUUCACAAGAAACAAGGCAGACAAGUAUGUACCAGCUCCUACACGAGCACCGGGUCUUGCUGGGCUUAUGGAAACCAUGCGCACACAAAUGGAGAUUUCAGGAGUUUCUGAUCGACGCACAAGGGAGGCGAUUCUGCACGCAUCUGCAGGAAGGGUUGGGAAAAGAAUGGACACGUUGCUUGUUCCGCUGGAGCUCCUUAGUGCUGUACCUAAUUCUGCUUUCACUGACAAAAUUCAAUAUAUUCGCUGGUCAAAACGACAGAUGAAUCUGUUAUUGGAAGGCUUAAUAAAUCACCCUUACGUCGGGAUUGAUCCAUCUGAUCGCUCAGUAUUAGAAUUGAGAGCUUUGAUUGCUAAACUGGAAGAAGCAGAGAGUCUGCCGUCACCUGCUGGACCUGCUCAACACACCGAGAGCUUGAGAGGCAUUAGAGCUUUGGCUAUCUCACUAGCAGAAAGAGCUGGUAGAGGGGACCAUACAGGAGAAGUGUGCCAUUGGGCAGAUGGUUAUCAUUUGAACGUUCGCAUCUAUGAGAAGCUCUUGAUGAGUGUAUUUGAUAUUCUGGAUGAAGGGCAACUAGUUGAGGAGGUGGAAGAGAUUUUGGAGAUGCUAAAGUCUACAUGGCGGGUCUUGGGAAUUUCUCAGACUAUUCAUGAUACUUGUUAUACAUGGGUUCUUUUCCGUCAGCAUGUCUUGACAGGUGAGCCAGCGUUGCUGCAACACGCAGCACAACAAAUGAAGAGAAUUGCAUCUGAUUCGCAGCGAAAUACUCAAGAGAGGUUUCAUGUUAAGGGUGUAAGAGCCUCAAUGGAUGGUUUUGAUGGACCUCCGGAACUUUCGUACGUGAAGUCGGUGCUUGUACCCAUCAAGCAAUGGGCUGACAAACAGCUUCGAGAUUACCAUCUACAAUUUGCAGAUACUCCUAGCAAAAUGGAGGUUCUCGUGACGGUGGCAAUGAUUGCUGGUCGGCUGAUUUCAGAUGAUAAAGACCAAUCCAGCGUAGCAAGAAUGACAUCUGCUGCAGAGAUGGCAGCUGUCGCCAAGCAGGCCGAAGAUUACAUCUGUUCAUCCGUGAAGUCUGCUUACGACAUGAUUGUUGAGAAACUGGAGUCAAAUCAAGAGCACCUUGAUUCACAUCCACUAGCCGAGCUUGCUGCGCAAGUGCAAAAGCUGGCUAAGAAGGAUGCCGAUGUGUUCUCACCUAUACUUUCUAAGUGGCACCCUCAGGCCAUCGCUAUUAGUGCAUGCCUGUUGCAUACACUUUACCUAAAAGAACUGAAACCAUUUCUGGACGAGGUGUCACAACUCACAGACGAUGUUUCGUCCGUUCUGCCGGCAGCAGAUAGCCUUGAACAGUUUUUGAUGGAGCUCAUCAAAUCAGUCACUGACGAUGAUGAUGCCAGGCGUGAUUUUGAGCAGCAACUGACACCAUAUCAAGUGGAAGUUGUUUCAGGAACAAUAGUAAUGAGAUGGGUUAACACCCAACUUUCGCAGUUGACGGAGUGGGUUGAUCGAGCAGUACAGCAAGAAAAAUGGCAAGCUCUGUCCCCUCAGCAACGGCAUGGAGGGUCAAUCGUGGAGGUCUUCAGGAUUAUCGAGGAGACGAUGGACCAGUUUUUCAAGCUGAAUCUUCCAAUGAGACUACCUCAAUUGAAGGGCCUCACGAAUGGGUUCGAUAAUGCCCUGCAGCAGUACACCAGUAAAGUAGUUGCUCAACUGGGUGAUACGAGGGAUCUAGUUCCACCAGCUCCAAGCUUGACUCGCUACAAGAAGGAGGUUGCUAUGAAGUCGGUGAGCAACAAGAAAAAAACUGCAGAUCCGCGCCUACCGGAUGAGAGACGGUCUAGCGAGAUCAAUCUGCUGUCUACCACGUCUCUUUGCGUUCGUCUCAACACACUUCACUAUAUCUUGGGUCAUGCCGACUUGCUCGAAGACAACAUAAGGGAUCAUUGGGCUGCGAAAAGACCACAAGACGGCUUCUCUCGUGUGAAUGGCACACCUUCAAAGCGUGGAACAGGAGAUCUGGACAUGACUAGAAUGCGAGAAUCUGGGAACAGACAAAUGGAUUACCUUUCCACGGCGUUUGAGGGGUCUAGAAAAGCAGUGAAUGCUGCAAUCGAUAAGAUCUGUGAAUUUACAGGGACCAAAUUGAUAUUUUGGGACAUGAGGGAGAUCUUUAUUGAUGGUUUGUACAAAGUCACUGUUUCACAAGCACGCAUGCAAAAUGUGGUAGCUGGUCUUGACCCUGUGCUAGGCGAACUUUGUGAUGUAAUUGUGGAGCCUCUUCGAGAUCGUGUCGUGCUUGGUCUCUUGCAAGCCGCUUUGGAUGGUUUGCUUCGUGUGCUACUUGAUGGAGGACCAACCAGAGGCUUUUCUGCCAGCGACUCGACAAUGUUGGAAGAGGACGUGAAUGUGCUUAAAGAUUUCUUUAUCGCUGAAGGAGAUGGGCUUCCGAAGGGGGUGGUAGAGAACGCAGCAUCUUCGGUUCAGCAAAUACUGAAUUUGUACAGUCUUGAUACCAAUCAGAUCAUCGAAUCCUUCAAGCGAUCAGGUGAGCAAAUGGCAGCAGGAGCAAACCCAACAAGAACAGGAUCAACACGAUAUGCAUCGGAUGCAGAUACUCUUCUGCGCGUUUUGUGUCAUAGAAUCGAUCCAGUUGCUUCAAAAUUUCUGAAGACAAAAUUGAAGUUAUCCUCCACUUGAUAACUGAUACGGGGUUGUAGAGCAGUUUGGUAGAUGGUGAAAUACCUGUCUCUUUGGAUGAGGAUUGUUGUGGGAAUGUACGUUGAUUCAUAAGGAAUUGGAGCUUUUGAUGGCAUCCAAAAUUGCCAGUGUGCUGGUGCUGGACUUAGGUUGCAUCAGCGAACGUAUAAAUAUUCAUAUAUCUGUUCGAUGUGGGGACAGCAGCAGGUGUGUUUAGCCUUGAACACGAUUUUUAGAGCAUCGAUUUCUGUAAUCUCCCUUAUGCUCCUAUUCA